AUGGCGGAAGCUCGUGGCGCCGGCGCAGCGGCCGGAGAUGUAGUGAAGCUGCAGGGCGCGGUGACCGCGGAUGUUGGCGGCGUCCACGAUGGUGCGGGGAAACUCGCAACCGCUGCAGAUGUGGAGAAGGAAGUGGCGGGCUUCGCCUCAGCGCUGCCGGAGCAGAAGGUGACGAUGUCGAGCGGCACAGUCCAUCCGGAUACCCCCGAUGCGCAGCCUGGCGAGGAGCAGGAGGAGGAUGAUGGUUGGGGGGAGAGGAAGCUGGCCCAGUACGACCCGUAUGAUCCAAAGUUUAGUGACGACGAAGAAUAUGAGUAUGAUUCUGGAGAAGAUGUGUACAAGGGCAACGUCGCGUCCUUCACAGUGAAGGAGGUGGAGAAGAUCAAGGCCAAGGGAGUUGAUUCCUUCUACAACCGCAAGAUCAAGAAGUGGCACUGCCCCUACUGCACCACCAAGCCAAAGCCAAAGGAUGGCCGCUUCGAUCACCUUGUGUCUCAUGCAGAGGAUGUAGCGAUUCGCGGGGAGGACUACAUGAUCAGGGGGCAGCAUGCUGCCCUCACGAAGGCCCUGACUCCGGUGUAA